UGCUGUCAAACGUUAUUCGUUUUUGUAAAAUAUAUUUGGAAAGAACUUUACAGGUGACACGAGAAGAAAACUCGAUUUCAUUGUAAUCAUGGAGAUCGCUCAUAAUUUCAUGGGCCCUGGUGCUACCAACACUAUGACGCGGAUCAAUGAAAAUGGAAACGUUGUGGGAACUAUUAUCGUUAACUGUGAAGGUUUUCCGGAGACCACAACCCUGGACAGCUUGACAGCUGCUACGUACUCGAACCACUUGAGAACAUUGUCGCUCCAUGCAUCUAAUGCUCUCAAGGAGAUUGAUGUAACAGACGAGCUGGUGGUUCUAAGACUAGUCUCCAAAAAGACCGAAGCAGUAGUGGCGCCUGAUAGCGAAUUCCACAUCAUUGUCGUUAUGAGGAAGCAUUAAAGUUUCUGUGAUCUAUUCAGCCUAGUAUUAGACAUUUAAAACAACCUUUAUUACUAUCUAUUCAACCGAAUAUUGUGGCUUUGAGUAGGAAAAAAGUCGUCAAUUAUCUACUGCAGCCGCCAUUUGUCAUUUCACCAACGUAAUAAGAAUGAAAAUCGGUUGA